AUGUUUGAUAUGGGUAAACCCAUUUGGAUCAUUCGCCUCCUAAAGACCGCCAUAGCAGACUUCUUCCCAAACUUCGAAGCUUCAACAGUGACUACGUACUACUGUCUCAUUUCCAUACUAUCGAACUGCUUUUCUAGCUCAGAUCGAGAACAUUCAAGAAGUAAUGGCAGUAAUUGCAUCUGCUCCUGGGAAGGUUCUGAUCACAGGAGUUGCCUUUGGUCAUGGACAGAUUUGAAGUUAACUUCUCCUCAAAUGGGCAGAGAAGCUAUCUACAAAAUGUCACUAAAGCAUUUUACUCUUCAAUGCACUUCCAGUGAAUCAAGGAACCCUUUUGUGGAAUAUGCAGUGCAAUAUGCUGUAGCAGCAGCAUAUGCAACAUUUGAUAAUGAAAAGAAGGAUGCACUUCAAAAACUGCUUCUGAAAGGUUUUGAUAUUACAAUUUUAGGUGGCAAUGACUUUUAUUCCUAUCGCAAUGAGAUUGAAGCACGUGGGCUUCCACUAACCCCGGAAUCACUGGCAUCUCUACCACCUUUUUCUUCAAUUACUUUGAAUUCUUCAAGUGGAGAAAAUUCUAAGCCUGAAGUUGCAAAAACUGGGUUGGGAUCUUCUGCAGCCAUGACCACAGCAGUGGUUGCUGCUUUACUUAAUUACCUUGGAGUUGUUAAUCUUUCAUCUUAUAGUGGGGCCCAAUAUCAAGAAAAUCUUGAUGUGGUGCAUAUUAUAGCCCAAAUGGCUCACUGUAUUGCUCAAGGAAAAGUUGGGAGUGGAUUUGAUGUUAGUUCAGCUGUUUAUGGAAGUCAUCGUUAUGUAAGAUUUUCACCACAAGUUAUCUCUUCUGCUCAGAAUGUAAUCAGAGCCCUACCACUAGAAGAAGUUGUGUCUGAUGUCUUAAAGGGAAAAUGGGAUCAUGAAAGGACCAAAUUCUCCUUGCCACCAUUAAUGAAUCUGUUACUAGGUGAGCCAGGAACUGGAGGAUCAUCAACUCCAUCAAUGGUUGGUGCUGUAAAAAAAUGGCAGAACUCUGACCCUCAAAACUCAUCAAAUACAUGGAAACAAUUGUCAGAAGCAAAUACAACACUUGAAGCACAGUUAAAUUUGUUAAGCAAAUUUGCAGAAGAAUAUUGGGAAACGUAUAAAGGUGUUAUUUACAACUGCAGCAUGUAUCAAUCAGAAAAGUGGAGAGAGCAAGCAAGUGAAACGAUAAGUCAAGAAAUUGUGAAAACAUUAUUUGGAGCUCGGGAUGCCAUGCUUAACAUCAGGUUUCACAUGAGGGAGAUGGGGAAGGCUGCAGGAAUACCUAUAGAACCGGAAUCACAAACUCAACUUUUGGAUGCGACAAUGAACAUGCCCGGAGUUUUGUUGGCCGGAGUUCCUGGAGCCGGAGGUUUCGAUGCGGUAUUUGCAGUUAUGUUAGGAGAUUCCGGUCAAAACCUUUCUAAAGCGUGGAGUUCACACAAUGUUUUAGCUUUGCUAGUAAGAGAAGACCCUCGUGGUGUUUCUUUAGAGAAUGCUGAUCCUCGAACCAAUCAAAUCACAUCCGGUAUUUCUUCUAUUAGUAUCGUGUGAUAUUGUAUUUUUAAUUUCAUGAUUACCAUGUUUAGAUGGAAUACAUGAUCACAUUGUUUUUGGAGUAUUAUAGGAAUAAAGUCGGUGUUUAU